GUUUAAGGGACCCAAGGGACUAAGUAACAAACACAGUUACAUAGAACAAGUUGAAGUGAGUAAAUAAGAACACUUAGCUCACAAUAUUUGAUAAACCAAAGUUUAUUCAUACGAACUCAGAGCACUCCAUUAUCUAUCUAUAUAGGAAAGUGUUAAAAGCGCUACAUAAAUUGGAGGCACCGCUGGGAUCCUUGCGUGUCCCAUUACAGUUGUGUGUUGUAAAAGAAGAAACAAAAGUCUCUGUGUUCAUCUAGUUAGCACAGUGUGACCAUGACUGCCUACUCUAUAUAUCCUGGGCUGGUGGAUGAGCUUAAAGGAUGGUGUCGAGGAGAAAUGCUGAAUGAGGCACAUGCGCUGAUGGUCAUUGUCCCUGAAGAUGUAGAUAUUUCUCAAAUUGAAGACACCCUCCACUCUGUUAAAUGUCUGGGACGAGUGCGUGUGAGAGGACGCAUGUACAACAGUAAACUGGAAAGUUUGACUGUUUUAUGUGAAUGCAAAGAAGUUGUAGACCUUUCUAAAGUCCCUCCUGACAUACUUCCCACAGGCGGACUUGUAGCCUGGCCGAUUGUCAUGGUGACACAAAGUCCAGUAUCCCCAAGUGCUACCUCUAGGGCAGAGCAGAAAGAUUCAUCUACCGCUGUGGAUGAUAGCAACAUUCAGGAAUUGUUGGGUGCACAUGAUGGCUCGGCUGAGUCCAUUAUUCGUGCCGUGGGGGAUCUGCUGUCUAAAAUAGAAAAACCAGUUAGCGAUAGCAGCAGUUAUCGCCGCCUCCGUGUUUUUUCUGGGACUGUGCCAACUCCUGCCGGAGAAGAGCCUUUAGAACAUUGGCUAGAACAAGCUCGUCUUAUGGUUGAAGAAAGCGAUUGCUCAGACAAAGAAAAAAGACGUCGGAUUAUGGAGAGUUUACGAGGGCCAGCCUGGUCAAUAAUAAAAGCUGCCCGUGUAACCACUGCUGAUCUCAAGCCAGAACAAUGUUUAGAGAUCAUUGAAAGUGCCUUUGGUUCUGCUGAAUCAGGGGAAGAGCUGUAUAUUACUUUUCGGUUGAUGCAGCAACAGCCAAGUGAAAAACUGUCAGAUUUUUUUAAAAGAUUGGAACAAGCAAUGACCAAAGUCAUACAGCGAGGUGGUCUGUCGGUUGCCGCUGCAAACCGUGUAAGAGUGGAGCAGUUACUUCGUGGAGCCGUGGCUGCUGAUCUUAUGUUAGUUAAUCUUAAACUGCGGGAAAGGAAGGAAAAUCCUCCCUCCUUUUUGGAGCUGUUAAGUGAGAUUCGCAGUGAGGAAGAAUAUGAGGCAUCAAGGGCUAAGCUAAACUCCACUGUGCAUAAGAUCCAGGCUAAAGCAGAGGUAGACAAUAAGCAGACAGAAAUUCAGACUUUAAAAACUGAGUUAAAGGAAGUGAAAGCCAUGUUCGCUUCUAUGGCAGCCACCCCGCAUGGAACUGUGAAAGAAGAGACAUCUGCUGGUUCAAGUAUGAAAGCUACAACCUUUGAAAGUUGUCCAGACCCUGAAGUGACUGCGCUGAAAAAACAGGUCCUGGAUGUUGGUGAUAGAGUGUUGUUGAAGAAUCUGGGACUGAGAGGAAAACACAAGCUUCAGAGUCGAUGGAGUUCUUUGCCAUAUCUGGUAGUUGACAAAAUGCCUAACUUACCAGUGUAUAAGGUGAAACCUGAACGUGGUGGAGGAGUAAAAACUAUCCAUCGAGAUCACCUCUUACCCAUUGGACAGUCUGUGAGAAUGCUGGAGAGUCCAGGAAAUGCAUCACCUGGAAAAACAAGAAAACAUUCAAACUCAAACCAAACAUACCAAAAAGUGCAAAAAGAAACCCAAACUCACUUAUUUGAGAUGACAGAAUCCUCAGAGUCAUAAU